CCGCCCACAAUUUGCCAACGUAUCCUCGCUGCAGUGUAUCAGCGGGCACUUGUACAACAACAAUGAACGUAUUGGGUGAUUUCAAUGAAAAAUACGUCAGGAAUUUUGAAGCUGUAUUGCUUUUAAGUGAAAAUUGAUGCUGCGAGUCAGUAUUUGACGCACUGUCACCGGAAAGAAGGAGCAAAGAGAAGCAAGCAAGCAGAAGAAUCCCCAGAGGAGUGAGCUGUGGGUGUGUCUGCAAUGGCAGGUGGAAGGCGAGGGGCAAACCGUACCACUUACUGCAGACCUCCACUAAGCAGUGAACCAGGCUCAGUGAGCAAUGGCAACCACUCCACCAGCUCCCCAGUCACUGGGGUACGCUCCCGAACAAGGAGCGGCACAGGAGCAUGCAUGUCCAGCCCUCCACUGGCUGCACAGACGGUGGUGCCCUUGAAACACUGCAAGAUCCCCGAGUUGUCUGUGGAUCAGAACGUGUUGUUUGAGCUCCACCUUUUCUUCUGCCACCUCAUUGCGCUCUUUGUCCACUAUGUCAACAUCUACAAGACUGUAUGGUGGUACCCCCCAUCACAUCCUCCCUCACACACUUCACUGAACUUCCACCUGAUUGAUUAUAACAUGCUGGUGUUCACAAUCAUCAUACUGGCAAGGAGAUUAAUUGGAGCGAUUGUUAAAGAGGCGUCACAGAGCGGGAAGCUAUCGUUUCCUCAUUCAGUCUUCUUAGUGAUGGCGCGUUUUGCCGUGCUCACGUUGACUGGCUGGAGUCUGUGCCGCUCACUCAUCUAUCUCUUCAGAACUUAUUCUGUGCUCAGUUUGCUCUUCCUCUGCUACCCGUUUGGCAUGUAUAUUCCAUUCUUUCGGUUGAGCUGUGAUUUCCGGCGCACAGGUCCUCUCUCCCCCAUCGCCAGCAUCGGCUCUAAAGAGGUGGGCAGCAUCGGCCGGGGGCGGGACUACCUGACUGUGCUGAAGGAAACAUGGAAACAGCACACCAGCCAGCUGUACGCUGUUCAAGUCAUGCCAACCCACGCCUGCUGCCUCUCCCCGGACCUGAUCCGCAAAGAGGUGGAGUACCUAAAGAUGGACUUUAACUGGAGAAUGAAGGAGGUGCUGGUCAGCUCCAUGCUGAGUGCCUACUACGUGGCCUUUGUACCUGUCUGGUUUGUCAAGAACACACAGUAUGUAGACAGACGCUGGUCUUGCGAGCUCUUCAUCCUGGUGUCAGUCAGCACGUCAGUCAUCCUAAUGAGGCACUUAUUACCACCUCGUUACUGCGAUCUGCUCCACAAAGCUGCAGCGCAUCUCGGCUGCUGGCAGAAAGUAGACCCCUCUCUCUGUUCCAACGUUCUCCAGCACUUAUGGACAGAAGAAUACAUGUGGCCCCAUGGUGUUCUGGUCAAACAUAAUAAGAAUGUCUACAAAGCUAUGGGCCACUACAAUGUCGCAGUACCAUCAGAUGUGUCCCAUUAUCGCUUUUAUUUCUUUUUUAACAAGCCACUACGAAUAUUGAACAUACUCAUCAUCCUGGAAGGGGCCAUGAUAUUCUACCAACUCUACUCAUUGAUAUGCUCAGAAAAGUGGCAUCAGACAAUAUCACUGGCACUGAUCCUCUUCAGUAACUACUAUGCCUUCUUCAAGCUUCUCAGAGACAGAAUCGUCUUAGGGAAGGCAUACUCCUACUCAAACAGUCCAUCUGACCAGAAAGUCAGUUAGAACUAAGUUAUUGUGGGUCGCUUUCAAGAAAAAAAAAGAUGCUCAAGACCUUUGUAUUUUUUCUACAAAUUGCAUUUUGCGUCAUGCUUUUGUUCUGAUCUGUCAUAAUAAAAAAGGAGAUAUUUUUGU